AGCAGGAGCAGUGCAUGCAGGAAUCGCUCCGAAACAAAAAGCCCGACUUUUGUAGUUGGAUCGGGACGGUCAAGGUGUGAAGUGGGUUUGAGAAACAGCUCUCACAGAGAGGAGGAUCUGAAAGAAAAAGGAUAGAAUAGUAAUCGAUUCCCACCAGAUCGAGAAAAGUGAUUCAGAAGAAUAGAAGCAAACCAGGACUCAGAAAUUGCGUGUGAAAGCUACCCAGGGGGUUCGUUUUGGAUUCCAUUGGAUAUAUUGUGACAUGAGUCAGUGUGAUUGUUGAUCAUUUGGCCUCAACUGGUGUGUGAGAUUACCCGUAUAAAGUUAUCGAAAGAAAAUAAAAAAACUAAAUAAAAAAGUGAAACGUUAUUCAGUGUGUGUGUGAACCCCAAAGUGUGUGUUAAGCUUGAAUGAGUUGCAAUUGACACAAAGAGUCAUCUUUGCAUAAAUUAUCAUCAGAUUAGGUAGUGAGAACAAUGGACUUCCCUUAAAAGGAUAAUCGAAGAAAAAUGGCGUCAAUCGAGUUGAGCGAUAAGCAAAGGGAUCGUCUCGGUCUGGAAGCGUCGGCUUCUUUGCUCAGAGACAUCCUUAUUGGAAACACAUCCAAGAUCCCCAUUGAUAUGGAGCGCCAACGGCACAGCCUUCACGGAGUCCCAGAGCAUUGGUAUCACAACCUUCCCGAGAAAAGCCGCGAGUAUUCCGAGCCCUACUCCGAAAACGAAUGUGACAAAUCCCUUCCCGAGCACUCCCACUAUUGUGAUGGGUAUAUCCAUGUAGGCAAGGAUUUCAUGGAGAAGAGACAGAGAGAACGAGGGACCCUAGACGACGUAAAAGGUCCAUCAAAUCGCCAACAGUUCCUUAGUAUUCCGCCUCUGUCCUUCUCCACGCCUCCACCCAAACGCAAGGGUCAAUCUGGAGGAGGUGGCGCCCCUUAUUACGUCGGAGAUACCAUUGGCCAUGGCGGAGCCAAGUGCGGGAGGCGAGAUGAAAGGGGUGAUUUGUCCCUGUCACCCGUUCGAAAUGGCACCAAUGCCUCGUCUAAGGCAGCUAAUUUUCCGCCUGGUUUGGCGCCAAAUGCUGGGCGAGAGCUUGUUGUUGGUCUAGGGAGACCCGACAGUGUGACCAAUAACAGCAACAAUAAUGAUAAUAACAAUGGCGGCAGCGGACCAGCAAAGGGUUCAAAGACAUUCUUCCAUGUUGGCGGGCCCAUUCCAAGGCAACACCCUUGUUGCCAGUGUGAGUGUCAUUCAUCAAGUGAGCAUCAUCGUUCAAAUCACAAGCAUCGGAUCUUGAGGCGACGCUCCACAUCUCGACAAGGUCGUUCUUCCAGUGCGGCCGCUUUGGUAACGUCCAAAAAGAGCGCUGAAGAUGCUGGGGAUGCAAACUUGACAGGGCUCCAACGCCCCGGAAUGCCAACCACUUCACAUGAGGCUUCAAACUCCGCAGCGCAACGCAGGAGCGUGUCUGCGAGUAAUGGCGCAACAGCGCCCACCAAUAACCAUCUUAAUCCCUAUUACGAUCACAACCAUCACCACUACCACCACCACCACCACCACCAUCAUCAUCCAACGGUGGCCCAGAAAGAUGGUCAGUUCUCGAAGACAAGUCGAAGUGGAGGUGAGCAGGCAAAAGUGCCUGAACUUCAAUCUCUGCAGCUUGUGGAUCCAAAACUGGAUUCACACGGGCAGAACAACGAAAACAAUUCGAAAUUAGACAAGAUUGUGCCAGAACAUCAGGCGUGUCUGAAUCGACAUUUGGGAGAGUCCAGUUUGGAUGGGGAAAGCCCGGGCAAAUAUGAGGCAGUGAAGCGACGAAACAAAGUCGGGCGUAGUCCCACUCAGAAGUUACUCAAUCGUAGUGCCAUGGUUUUGGAUAACCCCCGAUCCCCGGUGUGGAAUGGGGUGAGUGGUGUGCCGGGUCUGGGCGUGUCUAUUCCCCAAAGACCAAGGUCUGCGUGUGAAUUUGAUCAGGAAGUGGAGUGGUACAGUGCUCCGGCCAAAUUUGAAUUGCUCAAUGCGGCGAGGAAGUUUGCCGAGAAGGCGGUGAAUAAGACCAAGAAGAAGACCUCACUCACCACGGAUACAAAUUCCCUUAACCCCCAUGAAUCGUCGAGUGCUUCCCAUCCGCCCAAUUGGGCGCCACACUCAUUGCAAUCGAUUUCCCAUCUCAAACUCGGACUGCCCAGAAUCAAGAGUUCUGGCGAGAGUUCCAGAAGCUCCGAUGGAAGUCAGACCUAUUAUGGCGGAAGCCAUGAGCCGCCACCUGCCCACAAACCCAAUCCCAGUGCAAAUUUGAAAUCGAAAAAGGCCUCCUUCAGGGCACCGUCCAAUGAGACUGGGCUUCGAGACAAAAAGCACCCUCCCUCCAGUCACUUGUCAUCCCAUCGGCCUCUCCAUCAUUCGGUGUCACAAGCCGUGCAGAAGUCCCAGCAUCCCUCACUUAAUUACACCAAGUCAUUAGCAGUUCCGGCAUCCGAAGUCCAUGGAGAAAGACGCCACAAGCAGGUGCCACCUCACGUCCCCCUGAAGAGAACUCAACAAAGAAAAACCGUUCAUCGGGACCACUUUGAGGGCGAUGAUCAAAGGGCACGCCCUCUCUCCCAAUCAAACUUGGAGAGGCUCAACGAGCACAAGCGUUUGAGCUUGAACAACCGACAACAUUCGAGUGACGUGGGUUUCAUGCAAUCCGAGCCGUACAAUCCGAUAUCGUUGCCUCUGUACGGGAAUGAGAUCCCGCGGGCUCCAAUUCCGAUCCCGGUGUCUAGAAACAACUCCAGCUCAUCCUCAUCGUCAUCCUCUUCUACGUCUUCAUCCUCAUCAGAAGAUGAAGAAGGCUCUUCUAUUGUGCAUUAUGAAGUGUUAGAAGGUCGUGGUGGCAAAAUCAGUGCAGACCAUGAGUCUCUGGAGAGCCUAGAGAAGCCGCAUUUCGUGAUCAGUGAUCCUAGACGCCCGUCAAUGCUCAGUCACCCAUCAGCUAAUGCUAAUCAUGAACGGUCCCCGGUUAUGGAUUCAUCUUUCGGAAGUGGUGGAGGUCACGAUAGUACUUUUGAUUCGGUCGAACUACCCCCACUUUUAGCUCGGUCUGCUCAGCAUUACAAGGUACUUAAUGACCGAGAUGGUGACUAUUCAUACGCCUAUGACUGCAGUCUUUCACCAGCCUUCCUUAUUCGGUACAAUGAAGAUCGGGCGCCAAGUCGGCGCAAUAGUGACGGUGAGAAUAUAUAUGAAGAGAUCCUCGAAGUGAAGAAGUUGAUUGCGGACCAGUUCUCGAAGAAAAGAGUCGAGAGUGACGAGAAGUUGUCCGGGGGUUCGGCCUCCUCCACCAAGUCAUCUGUCAAUGCGGAUAGCGGGGUCGGCUUAAACCCCCGUAAAUUUAGUAACGACACCUUAGAUUUUGGGCCCAGAAAUAACUCGGGUCGACGACAUAUCUCUCGUUACUCCCACGAUUCUUCAGACUCGUUUGGAGUGUCGGACUCGUCAGAUGAUAAUCCUCUGAAAUCCAUGGAAUCAGUGGACCAUCAUGCAUGGAUGAAGCCGUCCAAUCACCAUCCCUUGAUUCAAUCCACGUCGCGGAGUUUUCCCACAAGAAAUCGAAGUCAAGAGGCUCUCCACCGCCAACGCCAAUCCCUAGUCCAUGGGAGCCCCAGUCCCAAUGGUGACAAGGAUUCAGGGAUCCAAGACAUCGAAGCCCAGGACAAGAAGAGUUCCAUCUCCAAGAUCAAAGGACUCAAGUUCGGAUUUGGCCAGACUCGAUCCAAGACGUCCAUCAACCUAUUGGGUCCGGCUCACUCACGAUUAGCAAUGUCCAAGCGAUCCGAAUCGAUUGACAACCGAAUCCAGGACCUGAAAAAUGAGGGUGUCAAUGCAACCAACAAGAACAGUUUCAUCAAGCGAUGCCUCUCGAAAUUCCCGUCCAUUUCGAAGGAGGGACCCAUCUCAUCAUUGAAUAACAGGGCAGGCUCAUUAAAAAGCAGCUCGUCCUUGGACAAUAUCUCAUUUUCUGACGAAGAACCCGGGAACAUGCAACGCUUUCAGCGGAGUCGAAUCACCUCACGAUGGGAAAACAUCGAUGAAGAUGAUGACUAGAAACACCGUCUUUGUGAUAGGAACAUUGUGCUCAAGAAAUUGUGUGUGCUUUAUGGACUGAAUGAUGCGAAAGAAUUUGAAUACCACCGCAAUGCGUUCCUGUUGGAUGUGAAUGAUCUGAAAUAAAAGGAAGCCUAAGCUUUAAAUUGAA